CUCCGCCGGCGCCAAUUUCAAACCGCGGAACAAACCGAAAGCUCCGGCGCCGACGCACCCGGCCCGUCCGGGCCCACUCCCCGCCGGGCUCCCGUCCCGCCCGCUCUCCGGGGCCCGGCCGGCUCAAGAGCACUGUGUUGGGCCCUGGGCGGUGUCGCUGCGGUCUGAGGGUCCAUACUUGUGAUUCUCAAUGGAGAGUGAAAGCACAGACUCAGAAUGAAAACCAGCCCUCAUCGGCCACUGAUUCUCAAAAGAAGGAGGCUGCCCCUUCCUGUUCAAAAUGCUCCAGUUGAAACAUCUGAAGAAGAUUCUAAGAAACCCCCUGCCCAGAAGGAGCCUAGUCAAGCCCCAGCCUCCAAGGAGGUGGCAGAAUCCAGCUCUUGCAAGUUUCCAGCUGGGAUCAAGAUUAUUAAUCAUCCUACCAUGCCCAACACACAAGUGGUGGCCAUCCCUAACAAUGCUGAUAUCCAGAGCAUCAUCACAGUACUGACUGCCAAAGGAAAAGAGAGUGGCAGCAGUGGGCCUAACAAAUUCAUCCUCAUCAGCUGUGGGGGAGCCCCAGCUUGCUCUCCAGGACCACAGCCGCAAGCCCAAAACAGCAAUGAUUCCAAGAGUACAGAAUUACUCACUGAGAAGUUGGGACCAAAGCCUGCAGCUAAGGAUGUGAAUGUUCCUAGGCCACCUGGAGCUCCUCCAGGGCACCGGUGGGAGAGCUGUGCCGGCGGUGAGGCAGCAGGCUGCAUUCUGGACAGCAGCCUGAGUAACAUUCAGUGGCUUGGGAAGAUGAGUUCUGACGGACUGAGCUCCUGCAGCAUCAAGCAGGAAGUGGAGGAGAAGGAGAACUGUUACCUGGAGCAGAGUCAGGUCAAGACCCCUCAGGUGGAGGAGCCCUUGGGAGCAUCAACAGCCUGGCAGGACUCUGUGUCUGAGAGGCCGCCCUACUCUUACAUGGCCAUGAUACAGUUCGCUAUCAACAGCACCGAGAAGAAGCGCAUGACCUUGAAGGACAUCUACACUUGGAUCGAGGAUCACUUCCCCUAUUUUAAGCACAUUGCCAAGCCAGGCUGGAAGAAUUCCAUUCGCCACAACCUUUCCCUCCACGACAUGUUUGUUCGGGAGACAUCUCCCAAUGGCAAGGUCUCCUUUUGGACCAUUCACCCCAGUGCAAACAGAUUCCUGACUUUGGAUCAGGUGUUUAAGCCACUGGACCCAGGGUCUCCACAAUCGCCCGAGCACUUGGAAUCACAGCAGCAGAAGCGACCUAAUGCUGAGCUCCGCCGGAAUGCAACCAUCAAAACUGAAUUCCCACUGGGUGCACGGCGGAAGAUGAAGCCACUGCUGCCAAGGGUCAACUCGUACCUGGUGCCCAUCCAGUUCCCAGUGAACCAGUCCCUGGUGUUGCAGCCCACAGUGAAGGUGCCGUUGCCCCUGGCGGCUUCUCUCAUGAGCUCAGAGGUAGCCUGCCACAGCAAGCGAGUCCGCAUCGCCCCCAAGGUGCUGCUGGCUGACGAGGGCAUAGCCCCACUAUCUGCUGCUGGACCGGUGAAGGAGAAGAGAUCUCUGCUUGGAACAGGGCUGUUACCUUUGCUUCCGGUUCAGUCUAUCAAGGAGGAAGAAACCCAGCCUGGGGAGGACAAGCUCCCCUUAGGGAGACCCUUCAAAGUGGAGAGCCCUCCUUUGGAGGAGUGGCCCUCUCCGUGCCCAUCUUUCAAAGAAGAGUCAUCUCACUCCUGGGAGGAUUCAUCCUGCUCUCCCACCCCGAGGCCCAAGAAGUCCUACAGUGAGCUCAAGUCCCCGGCACGGUGUGUCUCAGAAAUGCUUGUGAUUAAACGGAGAGAGAGAAGGGAGAUAAGCCGGUCUCGAAGGAAACAGCACCUGUUGCCUCCCUGUGUGGAUGAGCCCGAGCUUGUCUUCUCGGAGGGCCCCAGCACUUCUGGACAAGCUGUGGAGCACCCUGUCUGCCUCCUGGCAGAGUCUGCAGAGCCAGCCCCUUCGCUCAACUGUCCCCAGGAGGAGGGAGGACCUUUCAAGACACCCAUUAAGGAGAUGCUGCCCAUCUCCUCCACCCCAAGUAAAUCUCUCGUCCCCAAAACCCCUGAAUCCUGGAGGCUCACACCUGCCAAAGUGAGGGGGCUGGAUUUCAGCCCGGUACAAACACCACAGGGCACCUUUGGCACCUUGCCUGACUCCCUAGGGCUAAUGGAUGUGAGCACCAUGCCACUGCAAAGCAUUCCCCUCUUUGACUCACCCCGAGAGCUCCUCAAUUCAGAACCCUUUGACCUUGCCGCUGAUCCCUUUAGCAGCUCUUGCCCCUCAGAUCUGGAAGUCCCCAAGCUGGGAUCCCCAGAGCCACAGGUCCCCAGCCUUUCAGCAAACCGUUCUCUGACAGAAGGCCUGGUUCUAGACACAAUGAAUGACAGCCUGAGCAAGAUCCUGUUGGACAUCAGCUUCCCUGGCCUGGAGGAGGACCCCCUGGGCCCUGACAUCAACUGGUCUCAGUUCAUUCCUGAGUAGAGGCUGGGCCUUGACCCUACACUCAAGCUCUCCACCAUCCCAGGCAGUCGUGUGGCUGGGCAGCCCCAGGCUUGGUGCAUGCCACACCCUCUGAGGACUGCAGGCCAGAACUCCACCACCUGGUGAUGCAAAGGCAGCAGUCACCUCCCAUGUUUCCAAGUCAGCUUUCCUGCAAGAAGAAAUCUGGUUUAAAAGGUCUUGUAUUGAGUCAAGAAUUGAAUUUGGAGAUGGAAUGGAUGUAUCUGAAACAGAGUGGUACCCAGAUGUGCCCCGUAAGACAUUUCUCUGAUAAUGUCCCUAAUCAUGCCAGGGAGACUAGCAUGGACAAGGACUCAGGUGGAGGCUGGAAAGGUAGAAAGGACCCCUCACCUGCUUGGUGUCCUUAGCAGCUUUGCAAAGGACCACCCUAGGCUCUAGCUGGCUGCCUGUAUGUGAGCCUGCUCAAGAACACUACCAUAGCUUACCUACUGAAUAAAAUCUGGGUGGAACUGCUG